ACUGGAGUCGUGCAUCGCUUGUGCCUCUGCUAUCAGUACUGCUGUUUGUUUCCGAUAUCGAUACAGCCACCCAUCGACACGUACACGACUUGUUCUAGUACGUCAAUGAGAGGAUUUAUUUUAUAUAAAAGCUGAACAGUAGGAUUGUCGCGUGAGAUCUGCCGGCUUGAAAACGUACGACCUGUUCAUCAUGACGAUGUUCUUUAGUAAUACGAGUGUGAAGCAGUUUUUGGGUCUGCACCUGUUUGAAGUUGGCUACCUUGGAGUGUUGGCAGUCCUGCCUUUCCUGGUGGCUAUCCCUGCGAUAGGAUUGACUAUUCUAGCAGUACUAGCCUUCCUCAGCUUUAGUUCUAUAUGGAGGAUGCUUACCUUUCGAUGGGUAUCUAAUCCAGACAGAAGGUCGGUGUUCAUCACAGGCUGCGACACAGGGUUUGGCCAUGCUUUGGCAAAGCGUAUGUCUUCUCUGGGGAUGACUGUGUAUGCUGGCUGUCUAAACCCAGAGGGAGAAGGUGCCAAACUUCUUAAAACAGCAACUUCUAGUGAAAACAUACACGUCAUCCCUCUCGAUGUCACUUCAGAAGAAUCAGUGAUGAGUGCUGUUGAUGUUGUGAAAAAGAAAACAAAAGAUGAAGGUGUUUGGGCACUGGUGAACAAUGCUGGGGUCAGCUGUCUGGUGGAUGUAGAGUUCUGUUCCAUGGAUACAUACAGGAAGGUUACUGAGGUCAACUUACUAGGGACUGUUCUUGUUACCAAAGCUUUUCUUCCCCACAUCAGGAAAUGUCAAGGGCGGGUGAUCAAUGUGACAAGUGCAGCGGUAUGUUAUCCCUAUCACUCUGCGCAUGCUAUGACAAAGGCAGGAUGUGAUGCCUUCUCUAACAGCUUACGUAGAGAAAUGCGAAAGUUUGGUGUCCGAGUAAUUACUGUAGAACCAGGCAAUUUUUACGGAGCCACUGGAUUGCUAAACAAGUCCAUAAUGUCCAGUCUAGAGAAGGAACACCAGCAGGUUUGGGAGAAGGCCCACCCUGAGGUGAAGACAACUUAUGGAAAGAACUAUUUUGCUGCUGUCCAGCAGUCCAUAUCUAAAUUUUCUGCCACUAGCUGUAAUUCUCUAGGACCAGUCGUGGACAAGUUAGAGGAGGCCAUAUUAUCAACAAGGCCAGGAUCAUGUUACCUGGUGGACGGAAGCAGUCUGCUCUUUGAUAUACACAAUAUGUUACUGAGAUUGCGCUGGCUGGUACCACAGCAUUGUUUGGACAUCUUCAUGGAAUGGGAAUUUCCUAGUGGCCUGUCAUCGUCUGCCAAGAAAAGCAGAUGACACUGACCUACUUUCAGCAUACUAGCAUGUGUAAUAAUUUAUUCAUUUGAUGUCUCAUAAUAAAAAAAGAAAACCUUG